AUGUUUUGUGUGAAUAUAUGUUCUAUGAAAACCUUUUUUUUUUUAGAACAAUUAGAAACGAUCGAUAAUGCACCAUCAUCAAUCAUUAACCAAACAUUGUCGUUAAAUAGCAAUAAAACUACUGAUUCGACACUAUUAACACAAAUAAGUGAUGAAACAAAAGCGCGUAUUUUUGCAUUAAUUAAAGAAUUAGGACAGAAUAAUAUAUCACCUAUGCAAAACGAUAAUUUAUCAACAAUUAAGUUGGCAUUUGUUGAUACAAAUCUUUACAUAUGUUCAACAUGUUCAGGUCCUGUGCAGUCGGUGUAA